CAUCUCUAUAAAACCAGCUUUUCCAACAUCCCAUCAGUUUAUAAACCACCAAACACUCUCUUCUCUUAUUCUAAUAUAAUCUCUAUCUCUUAAGAAAGUAGAAAAUGGCGAGCAGCAGGACUUCCACACCAUUACUUUCAUUACUUCUUUGCCUUGUGCUACUGUGUGAGGUGGGAAUGCUGAUGGCUCAACUUUCUGCAGCACAAGCCCCAGGCCCCCAGGACGCAUGCCCGAACAAGUGUGCAAAGCGGUGCAGCCUUUCAUGGAAGCCAAAGAUGUGCAAUAAAACGUGCAUAGCCUGCUGCCACAGGUGUCCCGAUCACUGUGUGCCUGAUGGUCCUAGAGCUAGCCGAGAUUCCUGCCAUUGCUACUCACAGAUCAAGACCCAUAACAAGUUCAAGUGCCCUUAGAUUUUACAUUACAUCCUCUUCUUUUAUUUUUACCAGAGAGUGGGAGAGUUUGGAAACUAAAAUAAAAGGAAUAAUAAAAUGACGCUACUGUUUCUGUGGUGGUUUCAAUUA